AGAGGCCUAGGCGGGGGAAACCGGAAGUCCUCCCGCCUCCCCCUGCCUCCAGGCUCUCUUCGAUCCCUCCCCUCAGCUCCGUGCGCAAGGUCGUGUCCCGGAAGUGAAGGGGCCAUGUUGGCGGGUGACCCCAGGAGAGGUACCGGGCGAGAGGCGAGACUCGAGGAGUGGUAGCGCGCGCGCGGCCCGCAGCCUGACGCCCAGCCCCUGUCAGUCCCCCAUGGCCUCAUGGAGCCGAGAGGCGGUGCUGAGUCUCUACCGGGCUCUGCUGCGCCAGGGCCGGCAGCUUCGCUACACUGAUCGAGACUUCUACCUUGCCUCCAUCCGCCGAGAGUUCCGGAAAAAUCAGAAGCUAGAGGACCCUGAGGCCCGGGAGAGGCAGCUGGAAAAGGGCCUGAUCUUCCUCCACAGCAAACUGGGAGGGCUUGUUUAGGAGUUUCCCUCUUCCCUUCCCAUCCUAAUUCCAGGGAAAGAGGACAAAGGUGCCUUCCAUAGACUCGCUGCCUCUCCCCACCUCCACCUCCCAGAUGCAGUAAGAAGCCUCAGGUGAGCAAUGGCAGGCGCUGGUGAGCGCAAAAGCAAGAAGGAUGACAAUGGCAUCGGCACGGCCAUUGAUUUUGUCCUCUCCAAUGCCCGGCUGGUGCUGGGGGUGGGUGGAGCAGCCAUGCUGGGCAUUGCUACACUGGCGGUUAAGCGGAUGUAUGACAGGGCGAUCAGCGCCCCUACCAGCCCCACGCGCCUGAGCCAUUCUGGGAAAAGGAGCUGGGAAGAACCAAACUGGAUGGGCUCCCCACGUCUGCUCAACAAGGACAUGAAGACAGGCCUGAGCAGGUCCCUGCAGACCCUCCCCACAGGCUCCUCGGCCUUUGACACAGAUACGUUCUGCCCGCCCCGGCCCAAGCCAUUGGCCAGGAAGGGCCAGGUAGACUUGAAGAAGUCACGACUCCGCAUGUCCCUGCAGGAGAAACUUCUCACUUACUACCGGAACCGGGCAGCCAUUCCUGCUGGCGAGCAGGCUCGGGCCAAGCAAGCUGCUGUGGACAUAUGUGCUGAGCUCCGGAGCUUCCUGCGGGCCAAGCUGCCUGACAUGCCUCUUCGGGACAUGUACCUGAGUGGCAGCCUCUAUGACGACUUGCAGGUGGUGACAGCCGACCACAUCCAACUCAUUGUGCCCCUUGUGCUGGAGCAGAACCUGUGGUCCUGUGUCCCCGGAGAGGACACCAUCAUGAACGUCCCUGGCUUCUUCCUAGUUCGCCGUGAGAACCCAGAGUAUUUUCCUCGUGGUAGCAGUUACUGGGACCGCUGUGUGGUUGGGGGCUACCUCUCUCCCAAGACAGUGGCAGACACAUUUGAGAAGGUAGUGGCUGGCUCCAUCAACUGGCCAGCCAUCGGGUCCCUCUUGGACUAUGUGAUUCGACCAGCGCCACCCCCAGGGGCCCUGACUCUGGAGGUGCAGUAUGAGCGUGACAAGCAUCUCGUCAUUGACUUCCUGCCAUCAGUGACCCUUGGUGACACUGUCUUGGUGGCCAAACCACACCGGCUAGCCCAGUACGACAACCUGUGGCGGCUGAGCCUGCGUCCUGCCGAGACGGCGCGCCUGCGGGCUCUGGACCAGGCCGACUCGGGCUGUCGCUCUCUGUGCCUCAAGAUCCUCAAGGCCAUAUGCAAGUCCACUCCGGCUCUGGGCCACCUCACUGCCAGCCAGCUCACCAGCGUCAUCCUCCACCUGGCCCAGGAGGAGGCUGACUGGUCUCCAGACAUGCUGGCCGACCGAUUCCUGCAGGCCUUGAGGGGACUCAUCAGCUACCUAGAGGCCGGAGUUCUGCCCAGUGCCCUAAACCCCAAGGUGAACUUAUUUGCAGAGCUCACCCCUGAAGAAGUAGACGAAUUGGGAUACACUCUCUAUUGCUCAUUGUCUGAGCCAGAGGUGCUGCUGCAGACCUAGGGCAGGUGGAGGCCAAAGUGGGUGUCAGGGGGUCAGGCCCUGGGUUCUCCGUUAGAAACACUCAGCUACAUCGUUGGUGCCUCACAGGGUCCCUCGGUGCCUCCUGUCUUACUGGUCAUCGCCCUGGUCAUUUCAUGCUGGUUAGAAUGUCAUCUCUUCUCUUUUCUCACAACCCUUUCUAUUUUUGUUACCAAACCUGUGCUCCCUCCUCCUCCCCUCCCCCUCCUCCUCCAGGUUCAUUUUCUUGAAUGAAUUGAGAAGGUGGAGCCUGGCCUGAGCUGCCGAGACCACUUGGUGUUGGCCUUUUGGCCCAGGUCUGCCCCUCUCCGGUGUCCUCUCUGUCUUUUCCUCCUGUUUGUACCUUCUGUUUUGCUCUUUUCCUGAGCACAUCCGCCUAAUCAAGAUGUUGCCUUUUAGUUGACUGUCCCUGAAGUUGUGAUUGCCUGUUUCAAACUGAACUCUGCAGAGAGUGUUCAGACAGUAUUUAGGGUUUCUAGGGGUAAAGCUGGUGGAAAAGCUGGCCUUUGACCCAGGUUCCUGGAAAAGAAGCCCAUUCCCCCCACCUCUUGACCAACUUAUGUCCGUUAGUGCUGAGACGUUCUCCUGGGAACACUGUUGUUGGCGCCCACGGGCGUGAGGGCUCAGGACGAGCUGAGGUAAAGUUCUCGAGAUCGUGUCUCUCCGAGGCCAUCCGCAAGAGCGCCGAGCGGGAGAAGGGCCUGGAGAGGGUCUGUGUGCCUCAUGUCUGCGCCUCAUCUGGCUGGUGCCGCCCAGCACCGGGUGGGUGACAAAGACCGGGAGGGAAGGGGCUGUUGCUUGCCCCCUUCUUGCCUUAUUGCCAAUAGGGACGAGGCCUUCAAGGACGCAGUCAGUGCUAGAGGUUGACAGGCCGCUGAACACUGGGGCUCAGUGACCUUGUUUCUCCCCUGUCAGGCCCUGCCUUUCUAGGAUGUCGCCUUAGAGCAAGAACAGGCCCAACAGCAGCCCUUCGCUCCCCAGUGAGAGGGGUGUUUGCUGAACUCCGCAGGCACCGCCAGAGGCCAGAGGGCAGGCAGGCACGCGCGGUCCUCCUCCCCGGCCUGCCGCUCGCCCAGCACCUGGGGAGAUCCGCGCCCUCUAGGAAGAGGGCACAAGGCUGUGACAGGGAGGUGGGUCCUUCCUGCAUUCCUUCUUGUUUCCCGCUGCUAAAAUUGCACUAUUUAUUGCAAUGUAAAAAGUAUCCUGGGGGUGGGGAGGAGUGUUUAAUACACAUUGUCAGUACAUCUUGUUUUGUGUUCUCUUUUUUUGUUUGUCUGUGGCAAGAGGCUGAUGAUAAUUCUGUUUCCGAUCUGCCCAUCCAGUAUUUUGUUCUCCUGUCAAGUCUUAUUUUUCUUCUUACUACCUCUCCAUCAGUGAGAUUCUGGUGAAGCUCUCUGCUGCUGUCACAUUCCUUCACAAUGGCAGUGACAUGAAAUGAUUCUUUAAAUAGCACUGAAACCUCAGCUACCCUUUGGAUUGAGGGUAGAGAUUCUGGUCCCCUUUUUUGUCCUGGAUUAGGAGGUCGGGAGCUAGGGUUAACCUUGGCUGUAUCUGGAGCAUCUUCCUGCCUCUUCUCUCACAUAUACCUAAAGCUUCCCUAAAAUGGUUCAGACAUUUCAUGUGUAUGAAGACAUUGAGAGAGAAUGAAAACUAUAAAGGCCAGAACCCUGAGUGAGAGUCUCCCUCCUGGCUGUACAGUCUAUGCUGGGACCUGGCCUGGGUGAUGAAUGCAGAGGGUGUGGGGUAGAGAUGGCUCCAAUGCACCCAUCCGAUGUCAUGAGGAGGGAGGGAGAGGGGAGGGCUGAAAGUGUUGGAAAAGCAUGGGUUAUGUUGCAUUGAGAAAGGAUUUGGUUUUCCCAAUGUGAGUAUUAUAAAACCUCUAAUUUUCCCAAGCUGGUGUCUCUGACCAAAUUCUAUUACAACAUUGGAAGGAGAGUUUAAAAAGAGAGGUUUUUUUUUUUUUUUUUUUUUUGGUCUUUUUUCUUUUUCUAGGGCUGCUUCCUGUGGCAUAUGGAGGUUCCCAGGCUAGGGGUCUAAUCAGAGCUGUAGACCCAGGCCUGUGCCAGAGCCACGGCAACUCGGGAUCCCAGCUGCGUCUGGGAUCUACACCACAGUUCACGGCAAUGCCGGAUCCUUAACCCACUGAUCAAGGCCCAGGGAUCAAACCCUCAACCUCACGGUCCCUAGUCAGAUUUGUUAACCACUGCGCCACUACGGGAACUCCCCUUAAAGACUAAAUCCCAAAUUAUCAAAGGCAGGUGUAAUUGUGAUUUGAGCUUAUCUCCUCUCUUAAAGAGCUUCUUUCUGAUGGCAGCUCUGUCUCCUGCCUAUGUUUCACAAAACCAAAACUCAUAACUUUGCCAUUUCAUAAGCAGGAACCUCCUAGGAGUCCUCAGAACGAGAAGCAGUGGGGUCAGCUCUGGUCCUGAGGGGUUUGCCGUCUGAGAUGGACCAGUCUCAUCAUAGUACACGGAGGACAGUCAAGUGCUUCAAGAUUCACUUUUUUUAAUCUUUGGGGGAAGAUGUGGGGCCUUUCCCCACCUUUCUGCCUUCCCACUCAGUAACUCCCACCUUUGCCUGAAGUAAUAGCAUCUGCUCCUACUUCUCCCUCUGGAAAUUUUUUGCACCAUCUAGGUUAGAAAACCACAUAGCCUAAUGCUUAAAAAAUACUCAUAUCAAAAACCUAAUCAAUUUCAAAGUGUAUUUUGGUUUUCUCUGUUGCCCAUUCCUGAAACAUGAGUUCAGGACAACAGUAUUUUUCUUUAUACACUUGGUUGUGACUUUUUUUUUUUUCUUCAAAUAAAGGAAUAAUUGAAGUUC